UUCCAGGCAUUACUUCAAGAACCAAAGCGCGUCCCGGAAAGUGAUGUCGAGGCGCGUGCCGCAUACUUUCGUGAGCAACGCGACAAAAUGUUGCAAAUGAAGCGAGUAGUGCGGGAACAACAAUUUCAGGAACUAGCUGAAAGCACAGCAAAAGAACGGCCAAAGACAGCGAAUGCUGCACGCAGUGCGAUGUCUGGACUGUCAUCUAGAAAACAAAGUACAUUGGAUCACGAGCUUCUAGAAGCAAGAAGAGCACUUGCGGCUAAACUGAAAAUAAAGGUGGAAGCGGAGUGA